AAAAAACUCAAAGAAGAAAAAGACCCGAGUCGGAACUAUUUCGUGUGCUUAGCGCCAUCUUUUUGUAUCGUGCGUUGCACCGUCCGUGAGUGAGAUGGAAGUGUGUUACGUUGAUGUGACUCUUGUGCGUUAACGACGAAAAAUAAAAAUAAAACAUAAAUUACGCAAUUACGAAAAUAACAAAGUCAGGUAAAAGAAAAGGUUUUCCUGAUAUAUUUCUUUCAAUAUGAAACUUUAACAAAAACUGUCUUUGUUAGUAGAUGCUUUGGUUAAGACAAGCUUGUUCUUCAUUCACUGUGUUACUCAAAGUGGUAGAGCAUCCAGAAAUUUUACUCAAGUAAGAGUAACAAUAUUUCAUAAUACUCAGCAUAUAAAAAUACUCUUAAAAGCAAAUUUUCCCCAUAAAACCUUACUCAAAUAACUGUAACAAGUUUCUAAUCAACUCUGGGUAUUCCAACUUGACAUUCCAGACUCAAUACAAAGCAAUUGAGUCCUUGUCUAUAACUAAACCGUCUACUUGGGAUCAUUUUUGGGAUGAUUUUCUGCAGCCGAGAUGCAAUUAUUUUAGACAACACCUUACAGUUACAAUAGAGGGGAGUGUGAGGUCAAUGCUGUAAUUACCACGACUCUGUGCAUCUUUUCCAGGUUUGGGAAGUAAUGUUAUUGUUAAAGAUUGAGGAAUACCUAUCCUUUGGAAUGCCUGUUUGUAAGGGGCGUUAAUAAUUUAUUUGAAAAACUUUUAAAAUAUUCAAUUAGAAAGCUGUCAGGCUCUGGGACUUUAUUGUUUUGUAAUGAUUUAACAGCAAAUCCUCACAUAUUUCAUUUUCCAGCAUGUCUUUCUCAGGAACAUGUAAUCUUAGGGACAAGUAAUUGAUUCAGAAAUUGUUUUAUGUUUGCAUUGUUAUUAUCAAGGUCAUAUUGAAACUUGAACAUUUUUAAGAAACUUCAGAGUUUGAUUGAAACAGAUGUAUGGGACUUUUAUUUUAUGUAUGUCAGAAAUUUUCAUUCUUGUUUUUUUUUUCUGGAACACAUAAAUACACUUUUUUAAAUACCAAAAAUAACUGGUGGAAACUUGAACUCACAAAAGUGGAAGCAAAGCAAAAAUAACAAACAGCUGCAAAAAGGCGUUGCAAGAUGUGCAUCAAGCAAAUGUUUGGAUUUUAUAAUAUUGUAUGUAUCGUUUAAAAAUGAAGCAAUCAGAGAGAACAGUGGAUAAACUGUGUACAUUACACCUGACCAGGGCUAUCAAUGCAAUUAUUUGGCUUUUUUGGCGAAAAUGUUCUUAAUUGUGCUUCGAUAACAUGAGAGAACUUAUAACUGUGUAAACUGCUCUCCUUGUGAAGCCACAUCUCUCGCUCUUGUUCUCUCUUUCUCCUUUUUUGUCUUCUCUAAAACUUAGCACUCAAAUAAAAUAAGUGAACACAAAUAAAUAACACAAAUAAAUAAAAAACACAAAUAAACACAAAUAAAGGAAAUGUCUAUUUAUAUGUCAACAUUACGCACAAAACUAAACAAUGAUUUUUAUUUCCAGGAACAGGGAUUUACAAGUCUAUAUUCAACUCCACAACUGUUUCAAACACAUUGUAAAAUCCCCCUCACUCUUGGUAAAGGACAAAGGUUUUACUCCACAUUCUCCAAAAGAUGAAACAUUCAAAUACAUACAAAAAUGAAUCUCUGUCUGGAAGGAACUAUAAAAUCUUGUGCAAAUGACUGCUGGCUUCCUUAUAGAGCUCACUAACUAUCUGGAAACCAUGCGAUUGUGCAAACGGAGCUGGCGUCAGCUGUCUCUGAAGCUCACUGUUGCACUGGGCUCACUGUGGACACUGUUCCUGGUCCUUAAGCUGCAGUCACCUACUACUGACCUAAUCCACAGUAACCGCUGGUUGGAGUACAGGGAUUAUGACUUUGGCCCCGAGAGAGUGUGCAACUGCUCAGCAAUCCAGGAGGGAAACACAGAGGCUCUGCUGGAAGCCAAACUAUUAACCAUCACAAAAGAGUUCCAGAAAAAUAUUCAGAUCCCUGACGAGUAUUACAUUAAUGAAACCAAGGACUGCAGGAAAUUCAAGUCAAAGAUGAAAUAUAUAACAUUUGCCCUUAGCAAAGAAGAAGAAGACUUUCCUCUGGCUUAUUCUAUAGUUGUUCAUCACAAAGUGCAGAACUUUGAACGACUGCUACGAGCCAUCUAUGCACCUCAGAACAUUUAUUGUAUUCAUGUGGACAAAAAAUCCCAGCCCUCUGUAAAAGCUGCCAUUACCAGCAUCGUAUCCUGUUUUCCCAAUGUCUUCAUGGUCAGACAGGCUGUGAGUGUGGUUUACGCUGGGUGGCCUCGUGUCCAAGCUGACCUCAACUGCAUGGCUGACCUCUAUGAACGCAGUGCAGAGUGGAAAUACUUCAUCAACCUCUGUGGACAAGACUUCCCUCUAAAAACCAACUUGGAAAUGGUAAGAAUGCUACGCUCGCUGAAGGGUGGCAACAGCAUGGAGUCCGAAGAUAUGCCCCAAGGGAAGAAGGGGAGGGUAUCAAAAGUUCACCAGAUUGUUAACGGGACAGUCAAGUCGACGGGAAAGUCAAAGAGUCCGCCUCCCUUCAACUUCCCCAUUAAGUCAGGAAGCGCCUACAUCGUGGUAACUCGGGGCUACAUCCAGAGUGUUUUGAAAGACACCCGAGUCCAAGCUCUUAUCGAGUGGUCCAAAGACACCUACAGUCCUGAUGAGUUUCUGUGGGCGACCAUUCAACGAAUCCCCGGUGUGCCUGGGUCGACGAGACCCCACUCUAAGUACGACCAGACGGACAUUAAUGCCAUUGCACGACUAGUGAAGUGGACGUGGCAUGAGGGAGCACAGGAUUCUGCAGUGUAUCCUGAGUGUCAGGGCAGCCACGUACGGUCGAUUUGUGUAUACGGAGCUGGGGACGUACAAUGGCUGCUGGAGAACCACCACCUAUUUGCCAACAAAUUUGACGUGUGCACAGAUCCCAUUCCUGUCUUCUGCUUGGAGAAACAUCUCAGACAGAAAGCUCUGGCUGAAUCAGAAGGUGAAAAAUUUUUCUCGUCUUAAUAGAUGACUUAAAACAAGAUGAUCUAAUGCAAGCUGGAACAUAUUUAUGGUUGAAUAUUAAAUUUUUAGCUGCAACGGGAAAGGGGAAGUAUUCAUAUUUUGGGUCCACUAUGGCUCAGAGGUAGAAAUUCAUCCUGUAACCAGUGGGUUGCUGGUUUGAACCCCAGCUCUGUGUCUUUCAGUCAUGUUCUUCUUCUGCCUUACCUGCUGGUGGUGGUCUGACUAAGGGCCUGGUGGCGCUGAUUGUAUGCCAGCCAUGCCUUCUAAAUGUUCCACCCCUGUUAAAUAUUCUAAAUAAAUAUAUGAAUAUUGAACAAAACAGA